CCUCCUUCUCCACGACUUCUAAAACGGACCCUUGAUAGGUUGGAAGUUGGAAUAGACUAUUGAGAGUGAUUCAAUUCUGUCUGGUACUAAACGGUGAUUCCUAAAGCAAUUUUUCUUCUCUCUUAAGCAACGCAGAUACUUUAGUAAAAACAACAGAAGAGGAAAAAAACGCAAUCUGAUCAAGAAUGGCGUUACAAUGGCUGAUACUGGCGUAUGUAGUUGCAGCUGAAGCAGUAGUAGCACUUCUGCUGACUCUUCCAUCACCAAAGCUUGUGAAAUCACGAAUCGUUUCUCUCAUCUCUCUCAUCUUGCAACCUGCGAUAGGGAUUGUCCCUUUUGCUGCUUUCCAACUCCUAGAUAUCUACUGGAAGAAUGAACACAGGUUGAUGUGCACUUCUGAUGUAUGCACUGCUGCUGAGAGAGACAGAUAUGAGAAAUCCAUCUACAAAUCUCAACGGAAUGUCAUUCUCUGCACUUCCGCAUGCCUUCUAUAUUGGUCCGUGUAUCGUAUUUGUAAGUACCACAAGGACGUGCAGAAUCUGGAAGAGGUUGAAAAGAGAUACAAGGAACAGUAACAAUUCCUGAUACUUGAUAGAUACUUUGAGCCAAAUUUCAUCUGUGAUGUAUCCAAAGAGAUGCUGCUAAACUUGAUUUGCUUUUGUGUGCACUUAAGUUUAAGUCAAGAAAUUUCUAAGUGUGAUUCUAGAUAUCAUUCUGCUAUGUAUUCUGCUUGAUUGUACUCCCUCUUGCAAUAUUUAGAAAGUACACUUACUAAGUCUCAAAUUCAAUCUUUCCAACAGGUAGGACGUUGAUUUGCUUUUCUCAUUA